GCUAACCUCGUGCCUUUCCCUUGCAGAGCUCCACCCGCACCAUGUUCAAGUGCACGUGGGCCGGCUGCCAGGAGAUGACCUCCGCCUGCGACGCCAUUGAGAGACACAUCCGCGCCAUCCACCUCGGGCGCGAGGAGGUGAGCAGCGAGCACAGCGACAGCGACAGCGACGACGAGGACGACCACGAGGAGGAGUUCUACUGGCGCGAGGUCGAGGUCAACGUGGCCACGUGGGUGGACCCCUGCGAGCCCCUGGUGGCGCCCGUGGUGCCCCCGCCCACCCCGCCCGCGCCCCCUGCCAUGACCGUAACCGUGGCGCCAUCGCCGCCCACGCCUCCGGCUGCCGUCGCCCAGCCCAUGGGCGUGGGCAUCCCGCCCGGCCCCAUCCAGCCGUCCCACCCGCAGUACAUCCACGUGUCGUCGCCGCCCACGCUCAGCCACAUGGACAUGGCGCGCCACCCCGAGUACAGACGCCAGGCCGCCCCAAUGCCUCUCUCCAGCUCAUGGCCUCGCACCUCGACUUUCAUGGGCUCGGACGCGGGAAGAUCCGCGUGAGCUCCUCGCGAAGGCCUCCCCGGGGCGAGGCAAGAGGAACGGGGAGAGCCGCAAGUGCCGCAAGGUGUACGGCAUGGAGCAGCGCGACCUCUGGUGCACGCAGUGCAAGUGGAAAAAGGCCUGCAGUCGCUUCGGGGAGUGAGCCUCCGCGGGAUGUGUACAGAAUGCGUGUGUGCUUAGCUGUGUAGCCUAGAGAGAAGGUGGAGAAGAGAGGAAGAGAAAGAGAGAGAGGAAAUAUCUUCACUGGAGUCCAUAGCUGAAUGAGCAAUUCAGUUCGGGAUAAACAUUUACUAGUGAUUUCCUCGGCCGCUGGUUGUGAGGAAAGUGCUUGACACUUGUGGUAGACAGAAAUACUCCUUGCACUUUCAUAACAAAGAGAAGAAACAAUUUAUUGUGUAAGCAUUUCCUUGCAGUCUGAGCAGUCUUACGUAAGUGUAGAAGUAAGAUCACAAAAUAAAGCUGUCAUGAAUGUAGAUUAUAUUCUCAUCAUAGGAAAGUCAACCAUUGGAAGCCAGAGAAAAGGGAAGCACAAGAGAAAGGCUCAACGGCAGGAUCUCCAGGUGCAAACCUCUUCCUCCGGGAGGAGACGCAGCGAGGUCCAGCGGUGGUCGCAGGAGGAGCCGGUCGCUCGGUGUUGUGCAUCGGUGUUAGUUUGUAGUGGAGGCAUUCUCGGGGGCUGCCAGGUGUGAUUUGGCGAGGUCGGGUCUUUAUCACGUUCUUGUGAUAUCUCAAAAGGUGUAUGUAUAUACUUUGGCAUGUGUAUGUAU